CAGUAUAUCAUGUAUUCUUUGAAAUAUAAUGCUGUUUAAAUUAGUGUAGUUGUUCUCAAAUGGGCAUUAUGAAAUUGUCGAAGAAUUGUUUCUGCGUAAAACUGAAAUAAAAAAUAUGGCUCGGAAUAUACAUCCUAACCAAACACAUUGAUAUAUGUGUUAUUGGAGAUUUACACGGAACUGCUAGAAAACGUUCAUGGGAAGCCCGAGGAUAAAACUAACGAUGUGGGACCAAUGAACACAUCCUCGCAGAUGGCAAACCUACUGAAACCUAAAGCAUUCUACACAGGGCUUAACAACACUGGACUUGAGAAAGAAGACGUCCGCAGAGUCACACCUGCAAGAGGAUGGGCUGCCCAAACUAUGGUUGAGCCGGAAAGACAGGUUCUGUUUAACGGGAUGCAGAAUGAUCAUGGGAGCAUCAGUGUCCCUGCUGCCGGUGUGUAUAUGGUAUAUAGCCAUGUUACAUUUCACACUGAUGACGAGUCUGAUUUCCUUCACCACAUAACCAGAUACAAUGCAGAGAAACAGGAGGAAGACACACCUUUUCAGGACAUAGUCAGUAGAAAUAGGCACAACUUGACCGCCCGAGGUCUGGUGUUGGCAAGUGACAUCCAUGGGAUACUGGAGCUCAAUGCUGGGGAUCAGCUUCGUGUUGACAUAUCAAGAGUAACUCAGUCUGGCUACGAGAAGGAUUGGUAUUACUUUGGACUAUACAGGAUCUGAACUACUUCUUCUUGUUGGCGAUUUAAUAGGUCGUUUGUUAUGAAGGGAACAGAUUUUACAUGGCUGAAUUUUCUCAUUGAGGUACAUC